AUGCAUGUAUAUUGUACCAACACAACAACAAGGCCUAGCCAAGUGCAAAGUACAAAGGAGCAAUGGCGAGCACCGCAACAACCGUAGCAAUGGCUCUCGUCGUGCUCGCCGCCGUGUCCUCCGACGUCCUUCACGUCGCCGACGCCGACGCCGGCUUGAUCGCCAGCACGUGCAAGAAGACCAAGAACCCCGCAACCUGCGUCGCUAUGCUGAGCGCCGAUCGAAGGAGCGCCAUCGCCAUCACCGUGCACGGCCUCGCCAACACUGCACUGCUGAUCGCAAUCGACACUGUCUACAACAACACCGCUGCAAUCAUCGAUCUGUACCAGAACCUAGAGGGCACACCGGAGGGGGGCGCGCUGGCUGUUUGCAACGAUGCCUACCUCGAAGCCGACAACGAUCUCGAGCUCCAAGCCCGCCUUGCCCUCGACUAUCUGAACUAUGCCGGCGCGUCGAGGGUCAUUUUACUUGCCAAGGGCGCUGGUGAUGCAUGUGAGAACGCGUUCAAGGCGAUAAACAAGAAGUCCCCCCUGACCGACAUGGAUCGCCAGAUGACGGAGCGCUGUGGCGUCACCGCCGACCUCAUGGAUCUGCUUGCCUCCAAGUGAAGGGAAUCAGUCUCGGCUCGUUUCUAUGUGCCUUUUGCUGUUAAUAAAUAAUCGGUUGUGUCUGGACAUGUUAUGGUGAUAAUGCAAUUUAAGAGUUACUUAUAUAAUUAUAAUACUCCAAUGACAUUA